UAUUUGCAAAACUGAAAAUAAUUUCAGUUUUGCUGUGUUUGUAAAGGACCUCACAUGGCGUCUCCAAACAGUUUGAUAGAGCCAAAAUGGUUUAGAUUUUCCCAAAAGCUCUUUUUCUUUCUUUUUUUUUACUGAUAUCCAGUUUUUCUCACAACUUAAAUGAAUAAGCUCCAUGAAUACUUUGUGGAGAUUGUGUUUAAAGGUCUUUCCAUUGAUUGACACUCACUAAGUUAGCUUAAGAAGCUAAUUGCUAAGAAGCAUUAGUCCAUUCAUGUCAUCUUCCGUAGGAACCUUGUACACCUCAUUGACUUACAUCUAAAACUAAUUUAGUUGAUUUUUGUACUAGGAACUCCUGUAGACUUCCACAAGAUCAAUUAAAUCAAAGGUUCUCUGAAAUUUUAGUAAGAUGGCUGUGCUGCCAAUAAAAUUUACCAAAACCAAGAGAGACAAACUGGCCCAGGUUUUAUGGGUACUAAACUGGAUAUCCGUUGUAACAGGUAUCAUCCUCUUUAGCUUGGGCAUCUUUCUAAAAGUUGAAAUUAACAAGCGGCAGGAUUUAAUGGCUGAGAGUCAGCUCCAAUCUGUGCCAAACAUGCUAAUUGCCGUGGGACUUAUAGCCUGCGUGAUUAACUUUUUGGGAGGAAAGAUCUGCUAUGACUGUGUGGACACCAACAAAUUCCUACGCUGGAAGUUGGUGAUGCUCCCAUACAUCAUUUGCACGUUUUUCUUCACUCUGAGCGUGCUUGUGGGUGCCUUGAUGUGCUACAGCAUGCACGGACAGCUGGAGGAAGCACUUACAUUGGGGCUACGGGACGCUAUGCGUUACUAUAAGGACACGGACACACCAGGCCGCUGCUUCUUGAAGCGUACAGUGGACCAGCUGCAGAUCCAGUUCCAAUGCUGUGGGAACGAGGGCUACAGAGAUUGGUUCCAGAUCCAGUGGGUCAGCAACCGAUAUUUGGAUAUGUCCCAACGGGAAGUGGUAGAUCGUCUGCGAAGCAACGUUGAGGGAAAAUACCUAAUGGACGGAGUUCCUUUCAGCUGCUGCAAUGUCAACUCUCCUCGGCCAUGCAUUCAGUACCAAAUCACCAAUAACUCCGCCCACUUUAAUUACGACUUCCAUACAGAGGAGCUCAACCUGUGGAUGAAAGGAUGCCGUCAGGCUCUGAGAGAUUAUUACACCAACAUCAUGCAUUCUGUCGGCCUCACAGUUCUGAUCAUCUGGCUCUUUGAGCUCUCUGUGUUAACGGGGGUCCGUUACCUCCAAACGUCUCUGGAAAACGUGCUGCGGCAGGGGGACCCUGAGUGUGAGUCUGACGGGUGGCUCCUGGAGAACAGCUUUGUGGAGACGGCUCGGUCUAAUUUCAACAUCAUCAAACACCUGGGCAAGUUUAAUCAGAUCAACAUAUCAAGCAAUGGAGAUCCAAACAUUGACAAACCACCUACAGCACACUAUGGUCCAGACAAUGUCCCUCCGAAGCCUCUUCCAAUGGCCAGUUAGGUCUUCAGAAUGCUCCUUUUGACCAGAAACAUUACAUAAGCCACAGACGACUGGACUCUGCUGUAUGACUAAAAAGAUUUAGUAAAGAUUGACAUGGCAUUGUAAAGCAAGAACAGAGUGAUAUUAUAACACACAACAUACUUGAGGUCUGUUGUAAAUUAACAUGUAAGAACUUAACCAAGUAGCCUACUGUUUUAACACACAAGGCAAAGCAUCAUGGGGCCUUCAGAGUUUUAAAAUGUAUAAAUUGCCUCUCAUUAAGAAUCCAACCGUUAAAUUCUUUUGUGUUUUAGAGAUUCGUGUGUGAAUUAUGUGAUUACUGGAGAGUAGGCCUGCUUCCUAUCACUGGAAUUAUUUAGAGCAUCACUGUUUAUUGUAGGUUUUUCAUUAGUAAUUAAAGCAGCUGUAUGUGAUUUUAUUUUUUUGUUUAUUUUUUUCCAAAAUCAUUCUGAUGUAGGCUGCACUGACUUUUAAAAAGGCAAAUAGCUUCUGUGUAUUCCUAUAUCCUCCAAAAUGUCUCUUCUGGCAGUGUGUAAGUUUUCCGGGAACGAAAUUCCGCACAAAAAGCGAUUUGCUUUAAGGUGGCAAAAAAAUACAAUAAAAUAAUAACAAUUAAAAUAAAAUAAACCAUUAGCCGGAAAAGCGUAACGGCUAAAGCUAACACUUCUGGUCUGGCAGUAUGUGGGAAAGAGACCGUUUUUUUUUUUUUUUUUUUUUUUUAAUGGAUGUCAAUGGAGGAGAGGAAACAGCUUUUUAGAGGACACAACUUAUCAUUUAAUGAAUCAAAAGCCUAUCUGCUAAUCUUCAACAUGUGUUACACUAAACAAUAUUGUGUAUUUAACUAUUUUUAGAGUUUAAAAAAUUUUGUUUUAUAAGAAGUCACUGACUUUUUGCAACAGGAACUCUUGACUCAAAUUCAAUGACGUCAAGGCUGUAAUGUGAUUGGCUAUUAAGGCACACGUGAUCCGAUUUAGCCGUUACGCUUUUUGCAAUAGUAGUAAUACAGAUCCUCUCAUCUCCCUAUAGUAAGACAAUCUCUGGUAGAGGGCUCCAAAAUACACAAAAUACACAAAACUAGGCUACAUAAGGUUGCUCUCUCUCUCUAUCAAUAUUUCGAUGAAAUCAAACUCUCAGCUUACCCAGUACAAACCAGCAAAAAUACUUAUUUCAUGCCUUGGUCUCGCGCCUAAAGCCAGGAAUUGUAAUCACUGGUGAAAACAUGAUACCAACUGCCUCUAAAAAACAUUUUCCAAAGAUGUAUAUUUCAUAAAGAUGUAUUUUUUACAAAGCACACCCAUGUCUAAAAUAUAUCAUGAAUAUGUAAUAAAAAUAAAUGCAACAUGUACAUUUUAUCAAUACAUUAUUAAAGAGCUUUAAGUGUA